GAUAUCAAAGGCUGCAUUGUGCAUUGAGCAGGGGCCUUGGUCCCUUGUGUGUCCGGGAGGAGCUGGGAGGAGGGACACAGUUGGAAGGCUGUACCCUCCCAGCGCUCUUCUGGCUGAUAUUCCCAGGGGUCUCGGCCUGAGGAGGAUGGUGCACACAUGGGUGGCUGCUUCUGCAUCCCCGGGGAGCUUAGUCUGCCCUGGAGCCCAGGUAAAGAAACUCCUUCUAAGGAUCCAACCACAUCGAGUGAGUUUAUAUCUUCAUCUGAAGACAAGGAAAAAUGUUUCCUGCCACAGAACAUGACUCCAGAUCUGACGCUCUCCUUCAGUGUGAAGAGCCGCUCCAGGAGGUGUGUAAACGGCCCCUUACAGGAAGCGGCCAGGAGGCGACUUUGGGCGCUGGAGAAUGAGGACCAGGAGGUGCGUGCACUGUUUAAGGACCUCUCAGCAAGGCUGGUGGGUAUCCAGUCUCAGAAGGCCCAGUUCCUCAUCACUUUCAAGACCAUGGAGGAAAUCUGGAAGUUCUCCACCUACCUGAACUUAGGCUACGUAUCUGCAUGUUUGGAGCAUCUCCUCUUUGACCACAAGUAUUGGCUCAACUGCAGAUUGGUGGAGGAUACAGAGAUCCAGGUGUCAGCAGAUGAUAAACACCUGGAAUCAAUAUACCUGGGACUCCUGAUACAGGAAGGCCACUUCUUCUGCAGAGCCAUGUGCUCUGUGGCUCAGCCAGCUGAGAAGGAAGGGGAGUAUUUGACACUUUGCAAGAAUGAGUUAAUCUCAGUGAAGAUAGCUGAAGGCGGAUCCGAGUGGGACGGCGUGUCCUUGGUGACGGGUCAGCGGGGCCUGGUGCCCGUGUCAGCCCUGGAACCCCUGCCACUCCCUUUCCACCAAUGGUUCCUAAAGAAUUACCCAGGAAGCUGUGGCCUUUCCAGGAAGAGGGAAUGGACAGGCUCCUAUCAGAUCGGCAGAGGAAAAUGUAAGGCCUGGAAGGAAUAUGAGAGGGAAGAAAAGGAUGAGCUGAAUUUCCACCAGGGAGAAAGCAUCGAGAUCAUCGGCUUUGUCAUACCUGGGCUUCAGUGGUUCAUUGGGAAGUCAAUGCGCUCAGGAGAAGUGGGCUUUGUCCCCACCAGGAACAUAGAUCCUGAUUCCUAUUCCCCAAUGAGCAAGAACUCCACUUUUUUCAGUGACGAGGAAAGAUGCUCUCUGUGGGUCCUGGGAAGUGACAGGAAAGCUGAGUGUGCCAGCUUCCUCCACACGCUUGCUCACACUGACAUAACGUCUGUCUACCGGCUUAGUGGGUUUGAAUCCAUCCAGAAUCUUCCAAAUGAUCUGAGCGCGUCCCAGCCCGAAGGCUUCAAGGAGGCCCAGCCUGGUGGAGCCUGGGAGGAGCACCAGGCUGUGGGCUCCAGACAGUCCAGCAGCUCCGAGGACUCCAGCCUGGAGGAGGAGCUCCUUUCAGCCGCCUCAGACAGCUAUCACCUGCUGGAGCCCGAUGACCUCGAUGACCCGGAGCUUCUCAUGGACCUAAACACUGGUCAAGAGGAGGAGGAGUCCGAGAACUUUGCCCCUAUAUUGGCUUUUCUGGAUCACAAGGGUUACGCUGACCAUUUUAAGAGCCUCUAUGAUUUCUCCUUCUCUUUCCUCACGUCUUCCUUUUAUAGCUUCUCUGAGGAGGAUGAGCUUGUGGCCUACCUGGAGGCCUCGAGGAAGUGGGCCAAGCGGAGCCACAUGACCUGGGCCCAUGCCCGGCUCUGCUUCCUCCUGGGCCGGCUGAGCGUCAGGAAGGUCAAGCUCUCUCAGGCCAGGGUGUACUUUGAGGAGGCCAUCCACAUUCUCAAUGGGGCAUUUGAGGACCUAUCCUUGGUGGCUGCUCUGUACAUCAAUUUGGCUGCCAUCUACCUGAGGCAGAGGCUGAGGCAUAAAGGCUCGACCCUGCUGGAAAAGGCAGGUGCCCUGUUGGCUUGCCUGCCUGACCGUGAGUCUAGUGCCAAGAAUGAGCUUGACGUGGUGGCCUAUGUGCUGCGCCAGGGCAUUGUGGUGGGCAGCUGCCCCCUGGAGGCCAGGGCCUGCUUCCUGGCCAUUCGACUGCUCCUCAGCCUUGGCCAGCACGAGGAGGUCCUGCCCUUCGCCGAGCGCCUGCAGCUUCUCUCUGGACACCCUCCUGCCUCAGAUGCUGUGGACACCAUCUUGAGUUUUCUGUAUGAUAAGAAAUAUCUCCCACACCUUGCAGUGGCCUCUGUCCGGCAACGUGGUACCCAGAGUGCCCAAGGGAUGUCCCUACCUAUUUGGCAGGUCCACCUAGUUCUCCAGAACACCACCAAGCUCCUUGGAGUUCCCUCUGCAAGCUGGGGUGAAGUUUCCACCCUGGCCUGCCCGACACUCAGGCAGGCACUGGCUGCCUGUGAGGAGCAGGCAGAUCGGAGCACCCAGAGGGCCCUGUGUCUCAUCUUGUCCAAAGUGUAUCUCCAGCACAGAUCUCCUGAUGGUGCCAUCCACUAUCUGAGCCAAGCCUUGGGACUAGGGCAGCUGCUGAGUGAGCAGGAAGCCUUUGAGUCUUCCCUCUGCCUGGCAUGGGCCUAUCUCUUAGCCAGCCAGGCAAAGAAGGCUUUGAACAUCCUUGAGCCACUCUUAUACUCCCUGAAGGAGACAGAGAGUGUUACCCAAAAGGGGGUGGUCCAUAACCUCCUGGGACUUGCACUUCAAGGUGAAGGCCGGGUGAACAGGGCAGCCAAGAGCUAUUUCCGGGCCUUGAACAGAGCCCGGGAGAUGGGGGAUGUGCGUAACCAGGCGGUGACUUUGGCCAAUCUUGGCCACCUGACCCUUAAGUCCUGGGCUCAGGGGCCGGCCAGAGACUAUCUCCUGCAGGCCGUCCGACUCUAUUCUGAACUCCAGGCCAGCAUGGAGACAGACAUGGAAUUAGUGCAGGUGCUUCUCUGGUUGGCCCAAGUCCUGGUGGACGGACGCCAGCUGGCCAGUGGCCGCCUCUGUUAUGAAACGGCAUUGCUGUUUGGCUUAAGGCAUCGACACCUAAAAAGUCAGCUUCAGGUCACCAAAUCCCUCUGCCAUUUCUACAGCUCUGUGUCCCCAAACCCUGAGGCAUGUAUCACCUACCACGAGCACUGGCUAACCCUGGCUCAGCAACUCAGGGACCGGGAGAUGGAGGGGAGGCUGCUGGAGUCCCUCGGGCAGCUCUAUCGGAACCUGAACACAGCCAGGUCCCUCAGGAGGUCCCUCACCUGCAUCAAGGAGAGCCUGCGUAUCUUCAUCGACCUGGGGCAGAGAGACAAGGCGGCCGAGGCCUGGCUCGGGGCUGGGCGACUUCACUACCUCAUGCAGGAAGAUGAGCUGGUGGAGCUGUACCUGCAGGCCGCCAUCCAGAAAGCCCUGAGGUCAGAGGAGCCCUCCCUGGCUCUCAAGCUCUACGAAGAGGCAGGUGACGUGUUCUUCAACGGGACCCGCCACAGGCAUCGCGCGGUGGAGUAUUACCGAGCUGGGGCUGUUCCUUUAGCAAGGAGGAUGAAGGCGGUGAGAACCGAGCUCCGGAUUUUCAACAAGCUGACGGAGCUGCAGAUCAGCCUGGAAGGCUAUGAGAAGGCUUUAGAAUUUGCCACCCUGGCGGCCAGACUCAGCACAGUCGCAGGAGAUCAGAGGCAGGAGCUGGUGGCCUUUCACCGUCUGGCUACCGUGUACUAUUCCCUGCACAUGUAUGAGAUGGCUGAGGACUGCUACCUGAAGACUCUGUCCCUCUGUCCACCCUGUCUGCAGAGUCCCCAGGAGGCCUUAUACUACGCCAAGGUGUAUUAUCGACUGGGCCAACUCACCUUCUACCAGCUGAAGGAUGCCCACGAUGCCACUGAGUACUUCGGGCUGGCCCUGGCAGCAGCGGUCCUGCUGGGUGACGAGGAGCUGCAGGACACCAUUAGAAGCAGGCUGGACAGCACCUACCGGAGCCCCCUGUGGCACAGCAGCCCCUCCGGGCGCUCCUCAGAGCGGGCGCGGUGGCUGAGUGGCGGGGGGCUGGCCCUCUGAGGAGAGCUGUCCGGUCUCUGACAAUGCCAUGACCAGAAGCCGCCUCCCUGCCCUGGGCUCCUAGACACUAACCUGGAGGGUCCGAGGCACCACCUGGCCCAGCCCUCUCAUCUUACAGUGGGAGAGCACAGUCCAGAGGGAGCAGGGCUCACUUGGGCCACACAGGGCGUGGAUGAUGGAGCAGGGAUUAGAAGUCCUGGCUUCACGUCUAAAGCCUUUCCUGUGGCCCUUCCACACAUACAGACUCUGAAACACACUUUCUCAACACGCAAUUCUAGAGAAAAUGAGACACCUUGCCCCCGGAAAACCUGUCUCCUUUCCCCGGGGAGGAAAUCAGGCAUGCCCUGGAGAGAAGGCACGCAGACUGGACUUCCUUCCCUUCACUGACUUUGCUCAGGGAAAGACCCCUCCCCUUGCCAGCAGAGAAACUGGUAGUUUCUUUCUUCUCUCUCUUCAGCCAGGACCAAAGCAGGUGCCACUCCUCCUGCUCCUGGGGGCUGGCAGGCGGGAAUUCACCAUGCUCUUAGCUCGAAACACAUGGCCUCA